AUGAGUAUAUUGAACACAAUUCAUCGACACCCAACAUCUAAUUAUAACAUUAAACAAAGCCUAAUAAAUUCAAGUAUAUAUAAUCGUUCAAAUCAUGAAAAAACUCAAAUCAAAUCUAUAUAUUACCGUUUAUCAACAGAUAAACGUUAUCAUUAUGAAUUCCGUUAUGAAUUAAACACAUCUCAUAAACAUCGUCUUAUGCUUAUAUUCGGUGGUGCUAAACGUGGAUGUGAUGAUAUGUGGAAUUUAUCUGUUGGUAAACGUAUUCUAUUAGCUCUUCAUAGUUCUAAUUAUUCCUAUUUGGUGAUAUGUUCCAAACGAAAAACUUAUGAUAUCAACCUACCCAUUAGUAAUAAUAGUGAUGCUAAAUAUAUCUAUCGAUCAUUACAAAUAUGGAUGAAUACAAUUUAUUAUCCAAAAUUUCAACGUUAUCCACUUUUAUAUAUACAUGCAACUAGUCGUGGAUCACGAUUGGCUGGUUUACUUUGUAGAAUUUUACCUAUUCAAGCACAAAUUUUAUAUAUUCAUCCAGGACAUACCGAAGCUAUGCUUAUUCCUUCAAUGUAUGAUUAUGAUUUACAAACACGUUUACAACUUGAUCCAACAUUUGCAAAUUGGUUCUAUUUUGAUUUUUGUUAUAAUAUGAAAAGUAAAAAACAAAGCCUUUGUCCAUUUGAAAAUAAUUAUCAUUAUUUUUAUCCAAUUCCACCUACAUUUUUAACUUUUUUAAAAAAUGAUCCAUUUCAACAACAAGAAACUUAUAAACAAUUUAUUAGAAAUAUUCGCAAUAAAGCUAUUGAACUUGGUGGAAUAUUUCUAACAAAUAUCGAAACAAUACAAUUGGAUAUUUUAUCUCCUGCAAAAUUAACUAGUUCUUACAUGCAAAAAAAAUUUCAUCCAUGGCACUCAAAAUCGUAUGCAUCUCAAUUAUUUUUCGAACAUUUUACUAAUCAAACACAAUCUAAUACUACUAAAUCAAAACGAAACACAUGCUGGUGUUCAGAUAUAGAUUUUACAUAUUAUGAAAUAAAACCAUCUAUUACUAAUACAUGGUCAGAAAAACGAUACAAUGAAUAUAAUAAUUAUGUAAGAGAUAUUCGAGUAUUUGGAGAUGCAUUUUGUGAAGAAGUUUGUGGUGAUUUAUUAACAACUCAUGCAAUGGCAUCUCGAAAUCUUAAGAAAAUUCUCAAUUGGAUAGAUAUUAUAGAUCAUCUUCGACAUAAAUUUUAUAUUGAUGAUUAUUUAAAACGACCAUUAAAAAUUUGGAUGUAUGAUAAAAAAAUCUUACUUCAUAAUUUAACAUAUUUUUCUUCACAAGAAAUAAAUUGGAUGAAUAUAUCAAAAGAAUAUCAAAUGUAUUCACCUGAAUAUUAUCUUCAAGAUUAUUUUCAAUAUUUAAAUCAUUCAAAAAAAAUGAAUCGCCAUUCUAUUCAAUGGACUAUGAAUCCACUUCUUGCUGAUUAUUUUAUUAUUCCAAGUGAUUUAAUGUUUUUCUAUUUUAAUCAUCGACCAUCAACUUUGAAUGAUUUACAAUUUAAAGAAUUACUUGAAAAAUUAAAUAAAUAUUAUUUCGAAAUUUUAUUAACGAAUGUUCAAACUAUGUUUUCAUAUUGGACAUUAGCUUCUCAAGCAGAUUAUAGAGGUGCGAAUCAUAUUAUUGCUAUUCCAGGUGGUAGAAAUAUGGGAAUUUUAUAUACUGAAACACAAAAUAUAUUAAAAAAUGUUAUUCAAUUAGCAUUUACUGGUAUUCGAAAUGAUCUAUUACCCUUCAAUGCUCCUCCUCAAUAUGUAUAUAGAAAUAUAUCGAUUACAUAUAGACAUCAGUAUGAUGUGAUUAUACCACAAUAUACACCAUUGAAAUGGAAUAGAAGUCGAUUUGAUAAUUUAGAUAUAUUAAUAAAGAAAAAAAAACGUUUAUUUUAUUUUGCUGGUGCUUUAUAUCAUUCAACAUCGCCUUUAUCUGCACGUUCGUUAUUAUCUUAUUUAUGGAAGGAGAUAAAAGAAAAACAAAAGUUUAAUUUAACGACUCAAAUUCAAGGACGACAAUUUGAGACUAUUAUAAUUAUUGAUUGUCAUAUAGAAACUCAUGAAUAUAUUAAAUCAAUUCAAUCAAGUAUAUUUUCUCUCUGUCCUGAAGGUUUUCUACCAUGGUCUCCUCGUCUCUAUGAAUCUAUUCAAUUAGGAGCAAUUCCUAUUCUUUUAGUUGAUAAUAUUGUUCUUCCAUUUGAACGAUUUAUUGAUUGGCAUUCAUUUAGUAUUAAAAUUAAUGUUAGUAAUAUUAGAAAUAUAACUUCUUUUCUUUAUCGAAUUGAUAAAUUUGAAAAAUAUAUUAAACAUAAGUUAGAAAAUGCUUUAUCGUAUUUACAUGCAUUUCAAUGGCCAGAUUCAACUGAUAAACAUUUAUUUCAAUUGGAAGAAGAUUUGAAUGACCGUGUUGAGAAUGUUUUUCAUUAUAUAUCAUUAGAAUUACGAUGUCGUCGAUUAGAACAAUUGUAUGGAUUUACAGUCGAAAGAUUGAAUAUAAAAUCAAUAGAAGCACAACGAUUAGCAUGUACAAAUCAUCCAGAUAUUUGUCCAUGUCAUAAUGAACAACGAUCUUUAGCAUUUCAAGAAUAUAUUUAA